AUGAGCGGAAGACCCGCAAAUUGGGCCAAUAUUGACAAAUCAUAUUCCAACCAACUAACCGGUCUAGGCGGCCAACUUGGGAGCCUCAACAAUGACUUGAAAUACGCCUUCACUACAGUUGUUGGGAACACUGGUGACCGUAUCAAUAGCUUACUCAAAACCCUCACGACACUCAAGGUGGUGGCCGAGCCCCCUCUCCAGCGCCUCUUGGCCAACAGUCAGCCUGACCACGCCACAGCAGUCCAAACCUUUUCCAAGGUCCAGCCAAUUGAUCCGAGAGAGGCGGAGGAUCUUUGA